GUCCACCCUCAUCGGGGGUUGUAUGCGUGACUGGGAUCCAACGGCUUUCCACUUUGUAGAGACGUGUGUUGUGGAGGAAUAACCUGUUGGUUCUAAACAUCGGACCAAAUGGCAAACUUAUUUUUCCCUUUAACAACCAAGUAGAGAACUUCCUCCAUCAUGUUAGAUGGUAAAAGUCUGAUCUGUGUCAGCUUGUAGCUUCUGUAUAAGAGCAGAACAACAGCAGUGAUUUACUUGUGGGAUUCAGUGGGAGGAGCAGCUCAUCCCAGGCCCCGCUGAUCCAGCCCUGCGCCCCGGGGGGAGGGAAGGCUUUGUCCGGGUACGUGGUGGAACUUGAGGCGGUCCUUGCGCCCCAUGCACUCACCGUCCCAGCCCCUAUCCACCAUUUCCCAAACUUCAAAAAUGGCACCCUCCACCUCUUCACAACUAUUCUCUGCGCUGCUGAUCGCGCUUGCCGUCUCGGCGGUGCAUUCCCAGUACGAGAAGUAUAGCUUCAGGAGUUUCCCCAGACACGAGCUGAUGCCGCUGGAGUCUGCGUACAAAUACGCACUGGACCAGUACACCGGGGAGAAGUGGAAGGAGACGGUGGAGUACAUGGAGGUGUCGCUGCGGCUCUACCGGCUGCUGCGGGACAGCGAGGCCUUCUGCAACCUCAACUGCAGCUCCGUGCGCCUGGAGGACGAGGACAAGUUCGCGGAGUUCCCCGAGCUGCGGGCGUUCGGCAACGUGAUGAAGAGGGCGCAGUGCCUGAAGCGCUGCAAGCAGGGGCUGCCCGCGUUCAGGCAGACCAUGCCCAGCCGGGACACCAUAGACGAGUUCGACAGGAGGGAACCCUACAGGUACCUGCAGUAUGCCUACUUCAAGUCUGACAAAGUGGCCAAAGCGGUUUCUGCUGCCCACACCUUCCUGCUGAAACACCCAGAUGAUGAGAUGAUGCAGAGGAACAUGGCGUACUACCAGAGUCUGCCGGGAGCAGAGGAACACCUCAAAGACCUGGAGACCAAGUCCUAUGAGACAUUAUUUGUGCGCGCAGUGCGGGCGUAUAACGGGGACAACUUCCGUACCUCGGUGUCAGACAUGGAGCUGGCUCUGAGGGACUUCUUCAAGAUCUACGACGAGUGUCUGGCUGCGUCUGAGGGCCCAAGGGACGUCAAGGACUUUAAAGACUUCUAUCCCUCCAUAGCAGAUCACUAUAUCGAGGUCCUUGACAGGAAAGUGAGGUGUGAAAGUGACCUGACACCGGUUGUAGGAGGAUUUGUGGUAGAGAAGUUUGUAGCCACCAUGUACCACUACCUGCAGUUCGCUUAUUACAAGCUAAAUGACCUGAAGAAUGCAGUGCCGUGUGCAGCCAGCUACAUGCUGUUUGACCCCAGUGAUGAAGUCAUGAAGAACAACGUGGCCUAUUACAAGUUUCACAAAAGCCAGUGGGGGCUGACAGAGGAGGACUUCCUGGCCAGAUCAGAGGCACUGCGGUACUACAAUCAAACCACCAUGCAGCUACAGAUGAUUGAGUUCUCCAGACAGCGGCUGAUAAGCGAUGAUGAGGGGGAGGUGGUGGAGUUUAUAGAUGAGUUCCUGGACGAUGAUGAAUAGCCCACGUUGGAAGCUCUGCCUUAACACUGAAGAACAAGAAAGCGGCACCAGUUUGUAUUUAUUGGGGUUUUUUAAGAGGUCAUAGGGAUUUGUUUUGUUUUUACCUUACAGCUUCACAUCCUGAAUAUUAAUCCCGAUUAUUUGUGGAUAAAAUACUCAGUUCAGAGGUACAGUGUGUGCACAUUCAGCACAUUACAUGAUACAUGAUUUAAAAUGCAAUGAUGAUAACUGAGACCGAAAUGUUUUUACUCAGUGUUUUACGAAUUCAUUCCUCCGCUUUGAAUCAUAGAUGUUGUCUUUUAAAAUGAUGAUGUUACAAUAAAAUGACGUUUUAAAUAUCAA